GUUGGACACUGUUAUUAAAACAGAUAACCACAAUGUUCAGUUGCGCUAUUUGCUGACUAGUUGGAAGACAUGACCAUGUGACAGCCUAAUGUGAUAUGUCGUGACUAGAUUGUCCCAGCAAACGCCUCUUGUCCACACACCAAAUUAACAGUCUUUUUCAUGUGCCUUGUCCAUCUAUAAAUACACAUACAUCUAUGGUCACUACCAACUCAAGCCUUCACAUUCUUAAAAAUAUUGCAUUUGCUUGCAAGAAAAAAUCUUCAAAAGAUCUCUUUCUUCCUUUUAUUCUGCAAAUAUACCAAACCAUGGGAGUUCGUUUCCCCAGUGCAUCUCUUGCUAAGCAAAUUCUCCGCCGCUCUGCUUUGACUGCAACUAGAGCAGCUUCUACAUCCUCAGAUGUACCAAGAGGCUUCUUUGCAGUUUAUGUUGGAGAGAAUCAAAAGCAGCGGUUUGUGGUUCCUGUGUCCUAUUUGAACCAGCCUUCAUUUCAAAAUUUGCUAAGAAAAGCUGAAGAAGAAUUUGGGUUUCAUCAUCCAACAGGUGGUUUGACAAUCCCAUGUAGAAUAGACACCUUUAUCAAUGUCACUUCUCACUUGAGCAGUUCACAAGAGAGGUCAAACUGCCCAUGAGACAAUUUUGUAAAGCAGGAAUUGCCAAUACAUUGUAGAUUUUUUCUUUUUCUUUUCUUGUGUUCUGCUUUUUAGUAGAAAAAUGGGAUUACAAAAAUCUCCCCAUUUGAAAAAAAAAAUGUAAGACGAGUCCAUUGAUUCGUAGUGGAAAUCAAGCAAUUGCAUCUCUA